CAGUUCACUUCCUAUAGAGAUUACGAUGGACAACUACUUCGAAAGCACCCUCGAAAAUGUGUUACGCUGGGAAUUCCUCGACCACGUAGACGUCUCCUCAGUCCUUGAAGAAGUAGGUGAAGACAACAACCAUGGCAUCCAGAAAACGGUCUGCUCGCUCCAACGAGAGUACAUCUCCCUGUACGGCAGCCACCCCAAAAUGGAAGACCGCGUCUUCAGCACUUGCGGGGUGUGCGAGCAAGUGUUCAACCCGCAAGUGGUCGCCAACCACCGGGAGCACUGUCCUGGCAAAAACAAAAUCCAGUCCCAACAGCUGAAGAAGAAAGUCAAAAGCAAAAAGAAACUCCAAGGAUCAUCAGUGCCUCUCCCGCCCCUCUUCAAAAAGGAAACACUUGGCCCUCCGGUUCUUUCAAAAUUUUCCGACAUCUCCCCCCCUCAGGUGUCGCGACUCGCUCCCGACGUGCUUCCGCUCCCCGAGCCGAUAGUCGCCCCAAAAGCCAACGAGAUCGAGCCAAGCGUCCCCUCGCCCCCGACGCCGCCGCCGCCCCCUCUGCCGCCGUCGCCGCUCCACGACGGUCCCCCAGAAGAGCCCGCCAGCGCGCGCCACAAAAAGUCCAAAAAGAGCAGCACCAAAGCCCUCAGGGAGUACGACCCUGAUAUCCACUGCGGCGUCGUCGACGGCCUUAAGGGGCCCUGCACGAGAUCCAUCACUUGUUCCAAUCAUAAAAUUCAGUUAAGGAAAUCUGUGCCUGGGCGUAGCAAGAACAUCCAUGUGCUUAUUGCGGAGAAGAAAGCAGCCAAAGAGAAGGACUCGAGACGGCGUUCGCCGACCCAUCUCCUGCAGAUCGAGCCGAAACCGUCAACCGAAUUUAUGUUCCCGAUUAUUGAAACAGAACCAAUAAAUUGUGAUGGAAGCGAUACCGGCGAUGAAGUCGCCAAAUUCGUGGGGACGCCCCAGCUGGCGUCCACCAUCACCAUAGCGGACUUGCCUCAGAAUGAGUUGCAUGAUGAAGUUGAGAGUGACGAUCCUUCUAAUCAGUCGGAAAGUGGAUAUUGCUCUAUUGAAACUACACUGUCUACUAAAAGUUCACCCGUAUUGUAUCUUAAUCCAAUCAGUCCAAUAAUUGUCGUAACCCCCGUUCAAUUCAUCCAGAAGGAGAACAGCGUGUACGUGGAGGCGCCCCAGCCGGCCAACAGCCCGCCGCCCAACGGCUACUUCCUCGCAAUGCCGGAAUCCUCGUCGAAUAUUAAACUGUAUAAGUCUCACCCCAAACCGACCAUCCUGCCGGCCUACGGGGCCCGCAAGGUCGGCGGGGCGAUUCUUAGCUCGAAUCAAAGACUGGAGUACCAACGUAACGACAUACAAAUGGCUAUUAGCACGAAGCGAAAACGGGCAUCCACGGUAAAACUAAGUGCUAGUGAUAGUAAACAAAUUAAGUUAGCUGCUGAUGUUAACGGUUUUAUUUUGCAUACCGAGAUGAGUGAAGUUGCUGACGCACCACAGCCCAACCAUUGUAUUCAAGAAAAUAUCAACUUACUGAAUAUGAAGUGAUUUCCUUGCGUUGUUUUCAUACCAUUCUUAGUCAGGUAUGAGUUAUCCUAAAGUGUUCUAAACUUAAGACUGUUUUCUUGUAAUACUCUGACAUACGCUUGUGGCCAUGUUAUACUGGACGGUCCAGUAGAAGCAAGAGGCCACCCUAUUAUUCCUUUUUGUAUUGUAUGUACGUGUGUUAUUAAUAUACAGGUCAGUCAUUACGUAGACUGAAAGUGUGAUUAGUUUUAGCUGUUAGGUUUGUAUUUAUGUGUUCAUCGCUCUUUUCCUACAUCCAGUCAUUAUUUUUACUGAUUCCUUCAGUUAUGGUUGGUGCUCAGCAAAUUGAUCUCGUGAAAAAGUUGUGAUUGAAAUCACUGUGGUUUUUGUAGAUAUGUAAAUACUUUUAUUUAUUCGGUUUACUAAUUUAUUACGUACAUUUUUGUUAUUUUUAUACGCGAUUUGACCGUAGAUUCAUCCUGAAAAAACCUGUGGGCGGAGCCGACACAAUAUAUACGUAAACUAUAACAAUUAUAUAUACUUCUUGUCAGUGUGGUGUGAAGCGAAUAUCGUUUAAAUGUAACGUUUUAACAAAACAUUGUUGCCAUCUGGUCACUUGGUCUUUUCAGAUUAUGACGUCUACACUGUAUUUUAUAAAAAAAAACAAAAAUAAAGCUAAGCGGUAUACUUGUAAUAAUGUCAUUUGUUCUUAUGCAUUUAGUAAAUGUUUUGGUGUGGUAGCAUAACGGAACACAUGAAAAUUACAAGCAACAACUCUAGAUUGCGUUAGUGAUACGUUUGACUUACUAUUGGAAUGUUAAGAUUAUUCUGUCCUUUUGUUUCGAUUGUUUUAAUUUUUGUUAGUGAAUGACGCAACAUAACUGACCUGUAUAUGUCGUUGCGACUUUGUGAAAUAGUCUAAUAUUGAUAGCGGUGUACCUAAUCAUUUUUGUUUGUAGCUUUACAUUUCAGCAUUUAAUAUAAAGUAUGAUAAUAUGAUUGCAUUGUUUAACUGUGAUUGGUUCACAAGCAAUGCUCUAUGGCUGUGAAUAUUGCCAAUUUCAUCAGGGCUGGCAUUCCUACUGCCUCCUUGUAAAAUAUCAUUUAUUUUCCAAUAGGUGAUAUUCUAUAACAUUUAUUUUCGUUUUAAUAAACUCUAGACUACCGAA